CAGCCAUCUGAGGGCAACGGAAGGAACGAAAUGCAGCUCAUUUAUAGGGAAUUGGAUGCGGAUAUUGUGCGUCGCACAAAUGCUAUAUUUCCGGCGCAGGAUUGCUUUGUGGAAGUGUUGCCCGAUCAACUGAUUAUACCCCGUAAGUAUGUGGAACUGGGGGAAUCCAUAAGGCAACUGCCCAUUUAUGAAGAUGAUGUUUGGAUGGUGUCGUAUCCACGAACCGGCUCUACUUGGGCACAGGAAAUGGUCUGGUUGUUGGGUCAUCAGUUGGACUAUGAGAUGGCCAAGCAGCUGUUAACACAGCGCUCACCCAUGAUUGAGCUCUCGGCACUCUUUAGCACGGAUCACCAUCAGUGGGUGGCCGAGUCCUUUGGUAACACGGUGGAACUAGUGCGCAAUCUGCCACGCCCACGCUAUGCCAGAUCACAUCUCUCCUGGCCACUUCUACCACAACAAUUUGAAAGUGUCAAGCCAAAGAUCGUCUAUACGGCACGCAAUCCGAAAGAUCUGUGUGUCUCCUACUAUCAUUACUGCAAAUUGCUGCAUGGCAUCAACGGAGACUUUGAACAAUUUGUGGAACUCUUUUUGGGCGGACAUACGCCCAUGGGUUCCUACUGGAAGCACGUGUUGCCCUUCUGGAAGCGCAGCAAUGAUGACAAUGUCUUAUUUAUCAAAUACGAGGACAUGAUCAACGAUCUGCCCGCCGUCGUCCGACGCUGUGCUCAAUUCCUUAACGUUACCCAGCUGCUCAACGAAACAUCCAUGAAACGUAUUUGCGAUCACCUGCAGUUCGACAGCAUGAGAAGCAAUGAAGCCAUCAAUCUGGAGAAGAUUCUGCCCCAGAGAGAAACGAAAUUCAUACGUAAUGGCAAAAUUGGCGAUUGGAAAAAUCACAUGAGCGACGAAAUGUCCGCUAAAUUCGAUGCCUGGAGCGAGGAGCACUUGCGGGGCAGUGGCUUAACAUUUGAUUACAAUUAAUACUAUUUAAGAAAUACAAUUAAUACAACCUAAAAAUUCAUUAAUUACGUCACUUAGUCACAAAAUAUCAAGCAUUAAAAAUAUCUAAAGAUCUUUAAUAUAUAUAUUCAGAAUA